AUGGCUCAGGCCACCAGCUUGGCGCUCCAAAGCCUCGCCAAGGCACUCACUCUCCACGCCAGCAGCAGCAGCGCCAUUAGCAGCAGUAACGCGGCGGCGGUGCCAUUCUUUUUGGCGACCAAGGGCGGCCCUCUCUUCUUCGCGUCCAUGUCCACAGUCUCUACGCCACUCACGGUGGUGGCGUCGGGCAUGGCCAAGUGGCUGGAGCUCUACAGCGCGGUGAUGAUGAUCCGGGUGCUACUCAGCUGGUUUCCAAACAUCCCUUGGGAGAAGCAGCCCUUCAUGGCGAUCAGGGAUAUGUGUGAUCCGUACCUCAAUCUCUUCCGCAACAUCAUCCCGCCAGUGUUUAACGCGCUCGACUUGAGUCCCUUGCUGGCUUUCAUGGUUCUGGGAACCAUGUCCAGCAUCUUAAACUCCGCUGCUCAGACUUAG